UCUUUUUAUUGGCCUCUCCUUCAAGUAGUCGUUUACUGGCUUUGUCAUCCGAAUCCAUUUCAUUUGGCCAUUACACAUUCCAAAAAUCACACAGAUCCUCCUCGAAAUUGAUCAAAAAGUCUCUUGACAGGAUUUGUGGUGAAUCAAUCAAAUCAAAAGGCAAAAAAUGGAUUGGGGGACGGUGACGACAGAGGAUCUGAUGGAGGCUCUACGGGAAGUAGACUGGUCAUCUCCGCCACGUCCUCUAUCUGAAUUCUUCUCUCGAUUCACUUUCCCCAGAUCUUCCUCAAAAUGGAACAGUCGAUUAAAAUGCAAUCUUUACUACUACCGGACAAAUUACUUCAUUAUGAUUGUGGCUAUUCUUGCACUGGGGUUUCUUAGGAGGCCACUUGCUAUUGUUGCUGCUCUUUUGACAACUCUUAGUAUUGCUUUUCUGAACGACAGUUUCGCAGGCACUUUUAGUGAAAAGGUGACAAGAACUGUCAGGCAGUUUUCUCCUCAUUUAGCUGCAAAAAUGAGGCCUCCACUCACGCCAGUCAUUCGAGGGCGUCCAUCUGCUAAACGAGCAAUUUUCAUUUGUGGAAGGCCUCGUUGGGUGUUUGUCUUGGUAUUCUCUCUAGCGAGUUUCUUCCUUUGGUUUGUUUCCUGUGGCCUCUUAACUGUCUCGUGGGCAUUGCUUAUAGGGCUUCUUUCUACUAUUCUUCAUGCAAGCUUUAGGACGCCUAAUCUGAAGGCUCGCCUUAACACAUUCCGUGAGGAAUUUCGAGCUGUCUGGCGCAACUAUAGUGAGCUGUAGCUUCCGCGGAAUUUCAUUUCGUCCUCUUUGCUAUUUGUAUAGGAGCAGCAGUUGUGGAAGCUUGCUAUAUUGCGCUGAGCUUUAAUAUAGUGUGGAUGGUGCAAUUUAUAGGUUUCUUUGACGUGGCAGCUUUCUGUACUAUAUCUGCAGAUCAGCCACGGGUUGUAAAUUUCCUUGAAUUCUUACCGUAUUGUAUGGUACUGACUUCUACAAUUCAUGUACGUUUAAAAUAACAUUUGGAUUUAGGUGCACAGUAGGUAUUUCCUAGAAAGUUGGGGUCUGUAUUAGAAGUCCAUUCUUAAUGUUCUUUUAGAAACUCCUUGCUACUCUUACUGUUCAAGACUGCAGUAAAGCUGUGUUCAGUUUAAAGUUUU